AUGCCCGGUGUCAACUGGGAGAAGUUGUUUCACGAGCUGGACAUCCCGAUCGUGUAUGCGCGAGAGGUGCUGGACAAGUACCGAAUGAUGUCAGCAUCGCAGGAGCCGGGAGUGGACCUUUACGUCCAGUGCAAGCGGAAGGCCAUGAGCCAGGCUUUGAAGCAGCUGGCAGGCAGCGCCCGGUCCUCUGAGAUCGUUUUUGUCUCCGUGGGCGACUCCCAAGUUGAGGCUGAGGCUGCGACUGAUCUGGUCUGGUGUCGUGAUCAAGGUAUCCAGCAUCGGAUCAUCAAGUUGCAGGACGAACCCACCAUCGAGGAUCUGACGAACCAGCUGCAAGAGCUCCAGGAAGUCCUCCCCAGAGUGUGCGGAGUUGAAGGCGACAGACGGUUUGAGCUAGCGAGCGCAAGGUCUGAGCUCGAGGCGCUUGGCGCCGCGUAG